CUAGCCGAAAACGCCAAAAAUCAUCUUCUAUCUUUUUUUUUUCGUGCGCAAAAUCAUCUUCUAUCUGCUCGUGGAAUACUCAUGGCCGCAAUCAGCUCCCAGGUCUCCUCCCUCACCGAUUUCCACCAUACAAAACCGUCAAAACCAGAUGAGGCGGCGGAGACGAAAGACUCUUUGAAGUCCGCUAUACGAUGGGAGACGGGUACUGGAUUUGAUGACGACUCUAGCGAUGACGACGGUGUUUGCCCUCAAGAAGAUGAAGAACUGUCUGAACUGUGCGACUUUGCUCUUUCUUUUUGUGAGACUCAACAUCCUUGCCCUCAAGAAGAUGAAGAACUGGCUGAACUGUGUGACUUUGCUCUAUCUCUUUGUGAGACUCAACAUGUCUCUUCCGUUACUGAGUCCGACUAUACAAAACUGAAACUGGAUGAUGGAGAUAAAGAUGAGGCCGCGGAGACGAAAGACACUUUGAAGUCCCCUAAAGCUGCGGAGAUGAAAGACACUUUGAAGUCCCCUAAACAAGGGGAGGCGGGUACAGAAUUUGAUGAUUACUCGAGUGAUGAUGACAUAAGUGGCCCGAUGCUUUCCUCUCAAGAAGUUGAAGAACUGGUUGAACUGUGUGACUUUGCUCUUUCUCUUUAUGAGACUCAACAUCCAGGAGAGUAUUGGAAGUUUGAGAGGGGUUAUGGAGGGAAACGAUGGUAUACUCUUACCGAUCAGUAUCUCCUUGAAUUUUUCGGCAAAAAGGCAGAUUGUAAUUCCUUACGAAAUUUUGUGGUGCUUGCCAUUUGUUCUAAUUUUGUGAGAUGUGAAAAAUUCAAAGUAGACCAAUGUGUCUUAGUGAAAGAUGAUGAGGUGGAGCCAAUGGAUGAAAAUAUUAAGGAAAGGGUGAGCAUGGAGAAUGGCCGAAUUUUCCUAUUUUCACAUAAAGAGCUCCAGGAACAUUACAAAAAAUUUGUUGAAUUCUGCAAGUCUGCGCUCACUUACUAUCAAGAGCGCCAUGUCGGAGAAGCUUAUGAGUUUGUGGAGAUACAGACGGCGAGACACUCUAUCAUUAGAGGCAUUUUUAUAUUUCAUGCGAAAAAGAAGGCCGAUGCUACUCUUGCAACUUUUAAAGCCUAUACUCAUCCUCUCGUUCUACGCAUGGACAUAGAUGUUGUGGGCUCUUUUGAGGAAUAUUUCAGCGGGUACUAGGCGACACCUACAAUACUGCUCUUAAUUAGGCCUUUCAGUAUUUUAUUGUUUUUUUUUUAAUUUUAAUUUAUUCUUAAUUCUUAAUAGUCGAUGGAUAUUGUAGUCGAUGGAUUUUUAAGCCUUUUAGCUCUAUAUAUAUAUAUGUUUAUAGACUCCUACAUUCAUCCGAUGUAUAGAUCAUAUUUAUUGGUGGUAUAUGCCUAGCAGCCCCAAUGCAAGAUUUAGCUAAAA